AAACGUCAUAAUAAACAACAUAACCUAAGAAAACGAAAAAUUACAACCAACAGCUUUUUAAAGUAAAAUGACCGAAAUAAACGAAGCAAGAAAGAAUUUGGAAUCGCAACUUGGUGAAGAAUUAAUGAAACAAUACUUUGCGAUAUUAAAACAGUGGUUUUUAUUCAAAGAGCCGAUUUCUCGUCUUCAAUUUGAUAGCGCCGUGCGAAAAUUAAUGAAAACUGAGGAACAGAUUCGUAGUCAUAAUUUAUUUUUAUUAGCCUUAAUCUCAAAGGUAACUUCAUCAAGGGUUAAAAGCACACGGAGUAUGACCGAUAAAGGAAGUUUUGAGCUUGCUGAUUACACUCCGUUAAGUCCGGUGAUGAUGCCCCCUGAUUUUGAAAAUAGGAGUGCGGCAGCGGAAUUAUUUCUCCCUGACAGUGGGUUUAUUAGCACACGAAUAUCAAUUCAUGCCUGGGAGAAUGGUUUAGAAGGUGCUGAUGAAAAUGUUGCUGAAUAUUUAGUCCAAGCUUGUCAGGUUUUUGUUAAAAACAUUAUUACAGCGAUGAUUACAAGAAAAGAAGGUUAUAAGAUAAGGGAUGGGAAGUUUCAACACACUUUUGGUGUUCCCGUUCCAGAUCCAUUUGCAAGAAAUAGUAAUAAUAUCAUCGAUAGUAAUCAAUCAACUAAAAUUGAUGUUGUUAAUGAUGAUGAUAGCUUUAUUCCAAUUCCAAGAAAUAGUGUUGAACAUGCUGAACAAGAAGCUGCUUUUUCUUAUUCUUGUAGCAAUAAAAGUCGAUCCGAUAAUAAAUUAACCGUUAAAUUAUUGUAUGAUACUUUAAAAGAUAACGGAAAUAUUGUUGGAUUACAUUCAAUACAUAGCUUAAAUUUAUUAAGAAUAGGAAUGUAUGUUAAUGAUUCUUAAAAGAUUAAUUAAUAAUAAAAUUUAAAUAUAAGA